AUGUCAUCACGUGAUAUACCACUAACAAUUGAAAUGGUCAUUUCUUGGGCAAAAUCUGGUCAUGAAUCAGAUAAAGUUUAUCGUUUUAUAUUUCUUCAUCCUGAAGAUUUAUUUACUAUUCCACAAAGACGUAGUUGGACAAUUGGACAUCAAGUAGUUUAUAAUGGUGAUGUUAAUCUUUUAAAACGUAUUCUUGCACUUUUUUCUGAUGAACAAAUUAAUAUUCGUACAUUAUCAAGAGAUCAAAAAACUCUUCUUGAUGUUGCUAAAGAACGACAUAAAAUUUAUCCUUCUAUGUAUACCUAUGUUGAACAUUUAUUUCUUCAAGAUGAUUUAAUUCAAGCAGCUAAACAAAGCAAUUGGGAUUUAGUUCAUAAUAUUCUUAAUAAACAUCCUAAAUUAUCUAAUGAAAAACCUCCUUAUUCAACAUAUUUUCUUUUACAUUAUGUUGUACAAAAUGGUGAUAGAAGAAUUUUAGAAAAUUUACUUAGACGUCAUGAAUUUCAAAUGAAUGUUUUAAGUGCACAUAAUGAAACAUUAAUAGAUAUGGCUAAAAGACUUGGAAAAAUUGAUAUGUAUUCAAUACUUGAGCCAACAAAACAAGAAGAAUUACAUUCAAAGUCAAUUAAACAUUCACUACCAUUAUCACUAUUCAGUAGUAAAAGUAAAUCAAAUAAAAAUCCGCCAAGUUCUACUUUUAGUCUUCUUCCUCAUCCAGUAUUACAUCCUACUUCUGAUUUACCAUAUCCAACAAUAGAUCCAUUUCCUAGUGCACCUCUUUCGAAUGUUACACUUAAUCUUAGUUCAACUGGCAAUUUCACAUUUACAAAAGAUAAUAAAUCUAUUACAAUUCAAAAUGAAGUAUCUCCAUCUAAAGAACAACAACAACUAAUAAAUACAAAAAAUGAACAUAUUCAUUCGAUGGAAACGAUGUCUAGUCAAUAUUCAGAUGCAAAUAUAGAACAACCAGUUAUAUCACCAACAUCAAAAGAACAAUUAACAAAAAAUUUAACAUGCUUUCUAACACAAGAAAUUUUUAUUGAUCCAGUUAUUGCUAGUGAUGGUCAAACAUAUGAACGAGAAGCCAUUACGGAAUGGGUUAAUUUAUAUCAUUGUUCACCAAUGACAGGUGCAUCAAUGGAUGCAGAAUUUAACGAUAAUACUGAACUUAAACAAAUCAUUCAAUCAAUGAAAAAAUAG